GAAGGAGGAGAAGAACGAGGAGAAGAAACAUGGCGACUGUAGAAGUGACAAUACCGUCAAUACACGACUGUUGUCGUUUUUGCAAAGAAAAUUUACGAAUGAACGGUACUCUGCAAAAUACAAAGAAAGUGUUUGAGGUAGAUCAGGCAACGCAUGACAAAAGUGUUUACGAUCGACUUAGAGAGCUGGGAUUAACGCUGCGUCAAAGUAAAGAAACUUCCAUUCGGAUGUGUAGAUCUUGCUUUCGCCUGCUCGGCAGACUAGAGGCUUACUUUGUCGUUUUUAGAAGAUGGCAAGAAGAAGAAAAGGAGGCAUGUGGGGGGGAAACAUCUUCAACCGAUGAGCCAGUUGAAGCCCUCAGGGCUGAGAAACGACACCGAGAGCCUUCUCCUUCUCCUUCAGAGACGCCAAGCAGUCCGAAGAAAAUGUGUCCUGAACCCCCAUCACUAACUCGUGCACCAUCCCCCAUCCCAAUGCGAAGGACGGCGACUACCAAGAUGCCUGCUCGCCGAAGUCUGACGGAGGUUAUAAUUCGCUACCCAUCCCAUCCAGGAGGUGACAAAUUCACAUGUUCACCCAGCACUGCAGGGAUUGUGGAAAAUAUCACUAAAGAAAAUUGGGAGACAGCUGCCAACCUCAUUGCCAGACAUGAAGAACUUUUUGGACAACUCAGGGGAAACGUACUUAGAGUCAUUGAAGAUGAGUGUGAAGAAAUUUCACACCCGCACCGUGGUUCCAUGCUAUGGCGAUCAUCACCAGAAGAUUUAAUGGGAUUUUCGUUCGAAAAUUUAAUGUUGGAACUCCAAGGUGUAUCCCCAUUUCUUUUCUCCAUACUCUCUCAGGUCACCAAACAGUCACCCCAUAUAGCUUGUGCUGCUGCUGCUAUAGCUUUGAGAGGCAGGGAACCCCGCCUGUCAGCCUUUGCCUACUAUAUCAACAGUGUAAUACUGUAUGGUGGCUCAAAGAAAGCUGUUUUUGAAAGGCUUAGCAAGUUGGGCAUCACAACAUCAUACACUGCUGCUGUGGGAAAACAAAAAGCUCUGGAAUAUACCUACAAAGAAGGUCUCCAUCACCUGACAGUGGAGAGUGAAAACUUCCUUUGCUCCCAAGAGGAACAUGGAGGCGUGGACACAGAUGAGAGUGGAAGUGUCCAAGGAAUGGAGAACAUCGGCUUGGAACUGGAUGCAGAGGAUUCUACUGAAACAAGCUCACCUACUUUGGUUGAAACUGACCCGUACGGAGCUAUGCAAGGCAUUUAGCAGUUUGUUUGGUCAGAGGAAACAGGAAGUACAUCCGAGGACACUGCUGCCAAACAUGGCAUCUCCAAGGAGACUGUCUUUGGGCCUGAAGAUGAUGAUGAUGCAGCUUUAUGCAACUUCAGUUCUAUAACAGAUGCUGAAAUGACUGAUCUGUGAAUCACUGUUCUGCAGAAAUGAGGCAAAACGGUUAACUCUGUCACCCACAUUUUAUAUUUGACGAUCUGGACUUUUUUUUUAUACGAACACACCACCAGUCUGUGAGCCGAGGAAACAAAUCAAUACACUGGAUCCACCACAUCACAGUGGCAGAUAGAGUACCUACGAAACAACAAAACACCUGAGUGAUGACAAGCCAAGAGAGAUGAUUGCGGACUAUGACAUUGCAGUGUUUCCCCUAGUUUUACAGCUUUUUUGGGGGAGGGGUGCAGAUGAACACCGACACAAAUCCUUUAAAGAAUCAUAGUAUGAAUAAAUAAUACAGUGCUGUGAAAAACUUUGCCCCUUUCUGAUUCCUGUUUUUUUUUUCUGCAUACUUAUCACACUCACAUGUUUUGAGCCAUCAAACCAAUUUUAAUAUCUCACAAAGACAAUCCAAGUAAAUACAAAAUGCAGUUUCUACAUGAUGAUUUCAUUUAUUAAGGGGAAGAAAAUCCAAACCUAUCUGGCCCCAUAUAAAAAAGCAAUUGCCUCCCUGAACCCAAAAACUGGUUGUGCCACCCUUGGCAGCAAUAACAUAAAUCAAGCAUUUGUGAUAACUGGUGAGGAGUCUUUCACAUUGUUAAGGAGGAAUUUUGACCCACUCUUCUUCACAGAUUGGUUCUACGAUUCGCAAAAAUAAUUAAGUUGUGAUUUUUUUCCCCCAGUAUUGUCAUUGCGAUUUGAUAUGUGAUUUUUAUUAGAUUCCUCAUCUCAUGUACUUAUCAACAAGUUCAAGCAAUAAAUCAGUCUAUAUUACAACCUACAUUUAGUCAGGAACACUCUCAUCAUACAUUGAACAGUUUUGAUUGCCAAAUCGAUCUAUUAUGGUUUUACUUGGCGGUGGAAGCUCUUCUCUAGAGUGCUCCCUGGGAUAGUCAAGCAGCAUGUUUUGCCUUUCCAGGGAGUGCUUGGCUAGAUGCCCCCAUAUGGAUAGAUACAAUUAUGACACUGUGCAUUGAAAACAGUGAAAUUCUUCAGAAACAAUUCAUUCAUAGUAGCAUGAAUCUGAAUAGGAGGGAGAAAGAAGCUUUAAGCCAGGGGUCAUCAACCACAUUUGCAAAAUGCCAGAUUUAGUCUCCACAGAGACUCUGGGGGAUAAUUCAAAUGAUUCAAAUAAACAGAAAUUAAAUAAAUAUUUUGGUCAGGUUAAAAUAUUAUUGUAUUGUAUUUGUAUUUCUUUUCAACAUGCAGGGCAUUUUUAGGUAUUACAGCGAGAUCUAUCCCUGUUAUCUAUAAUGCAGCAGGCCACAAAGAGACAGACUGGCCCACAGCAUUGUCCGGGCCCUUAAAAUCCCAAAUAAUGGGCACUCCCCAACUGUGAUUAAGCACUAAUAUUAAUUUAUUUUUGACACUGUUAACCUCUUUCAUUACUUCAUUUGGACAUUUCUGCAGCAUUUUCUGUCCCUCAACUUAUUUUUGAUCGUUUUUGCCACUUUGAGAACAAUUUUUGCCACUUAUGCCCAUUUUGACACUCUUUAACCCAUUUUUGCAACUUUCCUGUCAGUUCCCGUCCCCGUGUCCCACUCUUUAACCGCUUUUCACUACUUUGCCACGCUAUUGUUGCAAUAUUUUUGCCUCACAUUUGACUCUUUUUUGAUACCUUUUUGCCUCU